UCAACCGUUUUACAAUAAACGCGUAUGACAUGGAACAUCUGUGUGCCUAAAGCUAAAUCUGACAGGAAUCUCAUGUGGCAUCACAUUUUUUUAAAAUACUACUUGAAUUAAAAACGUGUACUUGAUGUAUGACUGGAUGUCUGGGAUGUUGAAGCCAAAUCGUAUUAUUGCAUCAGAUAAUAAAAUCCAAAUUCAUAUUUUUGCACAUUCAGCCAAUACUAUUAAAAAUCCUUCACCAAAUACAGAAAUAACUGAUCACACUAAAUUCAUGCAUGCGAUUAUUCAGAUUAUAUCCUAUUUUCAUUAGUUGAAUCAUACUAUUUGAGUAUAAUAUUAACUUGGCCAUUUCAGAUAUGUUUCCUUUAUAUACUGAUAUAUCCUUGAGUUGUUUCCUAUUGAAAUUGAUAUAUAUACCGUAUAUAUACCGGUAUUCUGAUAUUACCGUUCAUAGAGACGAAUAUGUUUAUCUGUGGAUGUCGGGACAACGGUAAAUGAAAAACUUAGCACGACUUUAUAGAAUGGCCAAAUUUAUUGAUAUUGGAGCAAAUUUGACUGAUCCUGUGUUUAGAGGUGUUUAUAGAGGUAAAGAGAAGCAUGAAGAUGAUUUUAAGGAUGUCAUUGAUCGAGCGAAAAAAGUUGGAUUGGAUAAAAUCAUUGUAACUAGUGGAUGCCUUCAGGAUUGCAAGGAUAGCUUGGAAAUAUGUAAAGCCAGUCAAUUUUUGUUUACAACAGUAGGAUGCCAUCCUACCAGAUGCCAAGAAUUUGAUGAACAUGGUCCUGAAGUAUAUUAUAAAUCAUUAUUUGAUAUUGCCUCUAGCAAUGGUGAUGAAGUAGUAGCCAUUGGUGAGUGUGGGUUAGAUUAUGAUCGCUUGCAUUUUUGUCCAAAAGAAACUCAGUUAAAGUAUUUUGUUAAACAAUUUGAUUUGGCCGAACAUACAGGCCUUCCAAUGUUUUUACAUUGCAGAAAUGCACAUGAUGAUUUUUUGGAUAUAAUGCGACAGAAUCGUAAUAGAAUAUCUGGAGGUGUUGUUCAUUCAUUUGAUGGCACACCUGAAGAAGCGAAAGCAAUAAUAGACUUAAAUUUGUUUAUAGGAAUAAAUGGAUGCUCUUUAAAGCAAAAAGAAAAUUUACUGUCAAUGUGUUCUAUCCCAUCAGACAAACUUAUGAUUGAAACUGAUGCACCGUGGUGUGAAAUAAAACCAACGCAUGCUGGGCAUUCUUUUAUUAAAACAAAGUUUCCAACGAGAAAGAAAUGGGAAAAAGACCAUUGUAUAAAAGGUCGCAAUGAACCGUGCAAUAUUGUCCAAGUAUUAGAAGUAAUGGCUGAAGCUAGAAAAGGGGAUUUGACGGAACUGGCGACCACAAUGUUUGAAAAUACAAAAAAGUUAUUUUUUGACAGGAAAAACGAUGUCUGAUUUUAUGAUAUAAAGCUAGAUUUAUCACUGAAAAAAUCUUGCAUUUUGGCACAUACAGUUCUAUUUUUAAGUUUCAUUAUUGCACCAAAAAAGAAUCAAGAGUUCAUAUAUAUUGACAAUUGACAUUCUAGAAACAUUUUUUGUGUGCAAAAAGUAGAAUUUACUUUGACAACAACAAUUAGACUUCCUGAUGUUUUUGAAGCUGAUUUUUGUUUCGCUUGUUUUAUUAAAAGUUCUAUCAAUAUGAAGGUGAUCUUUAAAAUGAUAAUAUUUGCCUAUUUUGUGAUAUAUUGUUUAUUUCAGCAAUUCUGCUCAGAUGCUUUUUGAUUUUAGUUAGAUACAUUUAUCAAUCCUUUUCAUUUGGCAACUGAUCAUGGCUAAUUAGACGAUUAUACUUAGUUACUGAGACUCUUUUUGAGUAUCGUACUUGAAACCAUUUUCAAAACAAAUAUAGAUGAUAAUGUAGUUAGAAUGAGGAUAGUUUGGGUUACAUUUAUCAAUUUAUUUAAAAACUCAAUUUUCAG